CAUGUUGCUCCCUCAUUUGCAGGGAGGGGACCUGGUUGCCGUGGGAAUAAAAGAAUACUUGGUUUUGCUUGCUGACACCAUCAUAUCCUUACUCUAGGUCAUGUUGUGGUUGAUGAGUAGACCAAUGGAGUUCCAGCUUGAGACGUUCAAAGGUUUAAUCACUACCAACGUGAGUUGGCAUGGCUGCAAAACCUUUUCAAAUCACAGUUGAGGAAUUCAGACUUUUCCAUACGAUUGACCGAGCACUUUAUUCUCUCCUUGUUGUUGAGCUUCGGCGUGAUCCUCUGGAGUCAAUGCAGACAUUGGCAUUGUGGAUUUGGUUGGAGCGAACACGUUUCAACGAUAUUAUCAGGAAGAUCUUGUCCUUACCUCAAUUUUUGAUUAAUGAACUUGCUGAUGAGGCUAUAACCUGCCUCAAAUGCAUUGAGGACAACCGGUUCCUGCUCUCAACUGAGACAGGUGAGAUUCCGCUAACUCAAAGUCUCAUGGCAAAAGAGUUCUCCCUCCUGUUUUUCCAUGAAAAUCGGGACAGUGCCACCAGUGGGAUUAGGAAGAUUGUUACUGAGGUUUGUCUCAAGGCAUUGACAGAUAUCAUGGAGAAAGCCUUGAAGAGAAGUUCUGAACAAACUUUGACGGAAAGCAAAUUGGCGAUGGUGGCACCUCUUGCUGAGUCAUUCUUGAUAGAAAGAAUUGCUCAAUUGGGACUUGGGUGUGACGCGUCUCCUAAGAGGAUGAAAGGACACGGCGUACCAUGUGAAGAACGGACCAUGUUUGUUACUUUUUCCAAGGGAUACCCUGUUGCUGAAGUUGAAAUCAGGGAAUUCUUCACUAGGAUUUUUGGAGACUGCAUAGAGUGCAUUCACAUGCAGGAGGUUUAAUCACUACCAACGUGAGUUGGCAUGGCUGCAAAACCUUUUCAAAUCACAGUUGAGGAAUUCAGACUUUUCCAUACGAUUGACCGAGCACUUUAUUCUCUCCUUGUUAUUGAGCUUCAGCGUGAUCCUUUGGAGUCAAUGCAGACAUUGGCAUUGUGGAUUUGGUUGGAGCGAACACGUUUCAACGAUAUUAUCAGAAAAAUCUUGUCCUUACCUCAAUUUUUGAUUAAUGAACUUGCUGACGAGGCUGUAACCUGCCUCAAAUGCAUUGAAGACAUCCAAUCCCUUCUCUCAACUGACGCAAGUGAGAUUCCGCUAACUCAAAGCCUCAUGGCAAAAGAGUUCUCCCUCCUAUUUUUCCAUGAAAAUCGGGACAGUGCCACCAGCGGGAUUAAGAAGAUUGUUACUGAGGUUUGUCUCAAGGCAUUGACAGAUAUCAUGGAGAAAGCCUUGAAGAGAAGUUCUGAACAAACUUUGACGGAAAGCAAAGUGUCGAUGGUGGCACCUCUUGCUGAGUCAUUCUUGAUAGAAAGAAUUGCUCAAUUGGGACUUGGAAGCGACGCGUCUCCUAAGAGUACGACGGGACACGACGUACCACGUGAAGAACGUACCAUGUUUGUUACUUUUUCCAAGGGAUACCCUGUUGCUGAAUAUGAAAUCAGGGAAUUCUUCACUAGGAUUUUUGGAGACUGCAUAGAGUGCAUUCACAUGCAGGAGGUGAAGUCCAAUGAACAAGCUCUUUAUGCUCGAAUCGUGUUUGUUACACCUGCAAUCAUAGAUUUUAUUCUCAAUGAUGUGCCUAAAGCUAAGUUUACUAUCAACGGUAAGCAUGUGUGGAUGCGAAAAUUUGUCCCGAAAAAUGGAAACUCUUCCCUCGCAUACAUGCUGCCUCAGAAUCCGCCUGAAACUAUUUAGUCCUUUUUUCUGUAUGUUUAUCUUUCUGAGAAUGGAGUUAGAAGAAAUCCUGUUUUCAGUUUGUAGUCCCUGCAGUUAUAUUUCAAUUUGUAGGACCCUAAAAUUAUGAUGCAGUGAAAUGGUUUUCUUAUAGCAAUGAAAA